AUGUCAAAAGAUUAUCAACCUUCUUUAUGUGUUGCCGCUCAAAUGGGUAUUGUUUCAAUGUGCCGUGUUCUUAUCGAGAAUGGUGCAGACACCAAAGCUACUAUGGGACUUAAAGAUACUGCUCUUCACCUUGCAACUAGAUGCCAACACUUUUAUGUCGUUUCUUUCCUUUGUUAA